CUCCGAGGACUCUGGGUAGGGCCGCCCGCUCUCCAGUCUGCGCGCUUGCGCGAAUGCACUGGCGGUCGCGGUUCCCCACCUGCAGUCGCGAGUGGGUGACAGGGCCCCCUUCUCCACGAGCUUCGUGACCCGGAACCGCGAGUGGAGGCUAAGCCUUCAGUGCCUUUGUGUGUCUGUGCCUUCACCCCAACCACAGAAAAUGACAGGGUCCCAGGGAUCGGUUUCAUUUACUGAUGUAACUGUGGACUUCACCCAGGAGGAGUGGGAGCAACUGGACCCCUCUCAGAGGAUUCUAUACAUGGACGUAAUGCUGGAGAACUACAGCAACUUACUCUCAGUGGAAGUGUGGAGGGCUGACGACCAGGUGGAGAAGGACCCCCGAGACCCAGAUGAGCAGGCAAAGCCACUUAUCACUUUCAAGAACCAACCACCAAUUGAAGAAAGAGGCAGUCUUUUUGGAAAGACAGUAAAUCUGAACACAGAUUUUGUUUCCUUAACACAGGUUCCCUAUAAAUAUGAUUUAUAUGAAAAAACUUUGAAAUGUAAUUCCGACUUACUGAGUAGUAGAAGCUGUGUAAGAAGGAAGGGUGAGGAGUGCAAUGGAUUUGGGAAACCCCUUUUGUAUCUGAAGCAAGAGAAGCCCCAUGCUGGAGUAGAAUACUCUGAAUGUAAUGGGAAUGGAAAGGUUCUCAGCCAUAAAGAAGUCAUCUUUAAACACCAGAAAAUUAAGAACUUGGUUCAGCCUUUUGUCUGUAAUUACUGUGACAAGGCCUUCUCCUUCAAGUCGCUCCUCAUUAGCCAUAAGAGGAUACACACAGGAGAAAAACCCUACGAAUGUAAUGUGUGUAAGAAAACCUUCUCCCAUAAGGCAAACCUCAUCAAACAUCAGAGAAUUCAUACCGGAGAGAAGCCCUUUGAAUGCCCUGAGUGUGGAAAAGCAUUUACCCACCAGUCAAACCUUAUUGUGCACCAGAGGGCACAUAUGGAGAAGAAGCCGUAUGGAUGCAAUGAGUGUGGAAAGACAUUUGCUCAGAAGUUUGAACUCACUACACACCAGAGAAUUCACACAGGAGAGCGGCCUUAUGAGUGUAACGAAUGUGCAAAAACCUUCUUUAAGAAAUCAAACCUCAUUAUACAUCAGAAAAUUCAUACAGGGGAAAAACGCUAUGAGUGCAGUGAAUGCGGAAAGUCAUUUAUCCAGAACUCACAACUGAUCAUCCAUAUGAGAACUCAUACUGGGGAAAAACCCUAUGAAUGUACUGAAUGUGGGAAAACUUUCAGCCAGAGAUCAACUCUUAGAUUACAUCUGAGAAUCCACACAGGAGAAAAACCCUAUGAGUGUGCUGAGUGUGGGAAAGCCUUCAGCAGGAAGUCUAGACUCAGUGUGCAUCAGAGGGUUCACACAGGGUAGGCCCUUGGGCUACAGUCCGAUUGUACCAUGCAAAACACCAAACCAGAAUUCUCCCAAUGAGGGAGAAACCUUCAUGAAGAUAUUGUGAAGGAAUUUGGGAAAUCACAUUGAUAUGCAAGCUAACUCAAAAACUUAAAAAAGGAUACCAUAAGACUAUUAUACUGAAAGUUAGUAUCCAUAUGGAUGUAUUUCAGUACAUACAUCUCCAGAUCCAAUUGUAAAUAGACAUACCCAGCUCUAUUUCCAUGAGCUUUUAUGGCUUUUUGUGCUGCUGGGAUUCAAACCUAGGGUGUUGCCUAUGGUAGGCAAGUUUUUCUUUU